AUGGCUUUCUGCUGUGAUCGUGAGGAUGUGGGCCUAAAGAACUUCACCAGCUUCUUCCUGAACAAGUCGCACGAGUGUACUGUGAAUGCUGAGAUGUUCCUCACACUGCAAAACCGGCCUGGUGGUAGCAUCUCUCGCCACACCAUCAGUAAGCCAGACUGCAACGAUUGGAUUGGCAACCUUCCAACCAUGGACUAUGCCUUCCAAUUGGAGCUGACUCUUAACCAAAGCCUUGCGGCCAUGCACAAGUUAGCCAUCAGCAAUAGUGAUGCCCAUUUAUCUGGCUUCCUGCAGAACCAUUUCCUGCAAAAGCAAGUUGAAGUCCUGAAGGAGAUAAGCAGCUACUUGACCAGUAUGCACCAGAUGGGGUCUCCAAAUGAUGCCAUGGCUGAGGAUCUAUUUGACAAACUUCCCUGGCUGAUGUUAACAAAGAUAACUGAGCUGGAACUUUCUUCAUGA